UUCACGUAUCUUAACUGCCACAAUUGACCUUGGAAGAACCCUAAUUGGUGCAGGUCUAUCACCAUCUUCUUCUUCUCGAUUCAGUCAGAUUCGUGAAAGAAGAAGUGAAACAAUGAAGCUAUCGUUUUCCGUCCCCUCAUCGAAAUCCCAAUCGAAGCCCAAACCCGUCAAUACCUUCGACGACACUUCCACCGCCCAAAACGACGCUGACGGAUCUAAACACCUCAUCACCGAAUUCGAUCCUUCCAAACCCGGUCCCUCCCUCGCCCCCAAAAUCCUAAUUCCGCCAGUCCAAAACGAAUGGAAACCCUUUAAGAAGAUGAAGAACCUCCACCUCCCCACCGCCGACCCUGAAUCCGAACCCCUUACAUUCGAAGUCCACGCCGUCGACGGCCAACCCGACUCCGACGUCUCCUAUGGCCUCAACCUCCGCACCGACAAAAAGACUGAGCAAAACAACGGCAGCGCACUUCCGCCGCCGCCGCGCCGCGUUCCGGUGGAGGGCACGAUGCUGCAGAAGCUGAAGGACGACAUGGAGAGGCUACCGGACGAUCAGGGGUUCGACGAAUUCAAGGAUGUUCCAGUCGAGGGUUUUGGCGCCGCGCUGCUGGCCGGGUACGGGUGGAAGGAAGGGAUGGGGAUUGGAAAGAACGCGAAGGACGACGUGAAGGUUAGGGAGAUCAAGCGGAGAACUGCCAAGGAAGGAUUGGGUUUUGUUGGUGAUGCUCCUGCUGCGCUGGUUAGGAGUAGCAAUGACAAGGACAAGAAAGACAAAAAGCAGAAUGAGAAGAAGGAGAAAGUUGUUAGGAUUGUUGGGGGAAGAGAUGCUGGGAGAAAGGGUACUGUUGUGUCUAGUAUUGGUGAUGAUUAUCUUGUUUUGGAGCUAUCCAGAAGUGAAGAGAAGGUGAAAGUGAAGGUGGGGGAUGUUGCUGAAUUGGGUUCUAAGGAUGAAGAGAGGUAUUUGAGGAAAUUGAAGGAGUCGAAGAUUCAGCGUGAGGAUAGAGGGCCAAAAAGGAAGCGCGACAGGGAUGAGGUGGAGAAUAGAGUGGAUGUUAGUCAGAGAGAGGAGAGGAAAGGGGUGGGUCGUAGGGAUGUGGUUGAGGAGAAGAGAGUGGAUGGUGGUAGGAGAGAAGAGAGGAGAGUGGUGGAUCAGAGGAAGGUUUCUUGGCUUACUAGUCACAUUCGGGUGAGGGUGAUUAGCAGGGAUUUGAAAGGAGGGCGGUUGUAUUUGAAGAAGGGGGAGAUUUUGGAUGUCGUUGGACCUACCACAUGUGAUGUAUCUAUGGAUGAGAGCAGGGAGAUUGUUCAAGGGGUGUCCCAAGAUUUUCUGGAGACGGCAAUUCCGAAACGAGGGGGACCUGUGCUUGUGUUGGCUGGUAAAUACAAGGGUGUAUUUGGGAGUCUGGUGGAGAGGGAUUUGGACCGGGAAAUGGCCAUUGUUAGGGAUGCUGAUACCCAUGAGCUGCUAGAUGUGAAGCUUGAACAAAUUGCGGAGUAUAUAGGGGACCCAAGCUUGUUGGGACAUUGAUUCUGUUGCAUCUGAUUCCGCAUAUGGCUGUUUUCAUUGAGAUCAACUGAUUUGCAAAUUUCAUUUUAAACCAGUUGUCCAACGUAUUGUAAGUCGCAUUCCAGGAAUUGAGCUAGGAUGUGAGACUCCUGACAUGUAAAAAGGUUGUAAUAUGAAUAAGACUUCAAGCUCGUCGGAGUCUCUUUAAGAUCAAAGUUCAGCUUGGAGAGAUUCAUUUUCUAAUCUUAAGAUGUAUAUCAGGUUCUGCUAUGAUUGAAUCUACUCCGGCUCUGGGUGAAACAACCACUGCGAUUGCCUUUGACCAUACCUUUACCUAUGCCUAUAUUCAUAUCUUCCAGUAGCAGAUCCAGAGUGAGUAGUUGUUUCAUUAGAGCCGGUUGAUUCAGGCGAUUCUGUUGAUGAAAGUAGUGAAUGAAGAAAGACAUGGAUGAUUUGAGUUUAGUCCAAUUGGUGAUAAUGAGGGAUGGGGACAAAUUUAAUUGGUUAUUUGAAUGAUCUAUGGCAUGAGUAGAGAUUCUUAUCUGUUUUUAUUGUUGUUCUGGCCCAGAGUAAUGCUACUUUAAGCCAGAGAAAUCAAUUGAUUCUAAAUUGCCUAGAGUACAGACCAGAAAAAAAUAUGCUAAUCUGGGAAACGUAUUAAACUUCUCAUGUUUAGUUUGAAGCUUAAAUUUUUCUAUAUCCCGUGAACUGAUCCGGGGAAACCCCAGGUUUUGCAGAGCUGAUGGCCCUACCAAUUGGUGUAACCAAUAGAACGUGAGCUCACAUACGUCCAGAGUUAGUGGUUCAAAUGGGUCAGUAAAUACUCAUGAUUUGUGAUUACUGACAAGCAAUGAAGAGGUUCCUCCAAAACAAUCUUGCAAAGGAAUGUUCUCUUCCAAGUAUUGAUCAGAAAUGAGGAUGAUUGGGUAGUUUUUAAUUUCAAAUGCAUAGCUACAAUGAGGUUGAGUUAAGAUGUAAUUUUUUGUGAAAUCUGAAAUAAAUAAAUAAAAAUGCAAAUUACGAAUUUGUUUUAAAUUUAUACA